AUGUCCAACGGGCGAGACUUUCUGGGCCGCUACUGGGGUCGCCCUGAAGCCCCUGUCGUGGAGAAACAAGGCCAUCGCUGCGACAAAUGCUCGACCAUCCAAUUUUCCAGCUUCCGCGCCAGAACCUUCUUGGACGAGACUUUCAGACCUGUUACGCUCGUCAUGGGGAGCUUUGAAACAGUCCAGAAAUCCGCUUUUGCAGGUUGCUGGACCUGCCGGCUCGUGCUCUGUACCUUGCUCAACACUUUAACCACGUUGCGCGAUGAGGCUCGGCUCUACCAGAUUGCAAAGGUUGGGCUUCGGCUCAACUUGGACGAUGAUCUGACCGUUCAUUGCUGGGCGUCUGACGGCAGCAAGGUUCCCUUGCUAGGCCGUGAUGCACUGUUGAUUCCACUGAGAGAUAGUGACAAUGUGGAGGAUGAAAACCAUGAACGGGACUAUGAAUGGGUAGAGUUGAAUAUUGACCCGUUGAAGAUGAGGAUGCUGAGGCCCAGUGACAACAACGAAUACAUCCCGAACCCGCCUAUAGACGAGCCCGACCUGGUUCGUAGCUGGCUAUGGACCUGCAGCGCCUGCCACGACACCUGCCCCGACACACCCUUAUACUCGGAAGACGGCCCUAUACUACCCACUCGCGUCCUGGACCUCGUUCACCCGGAUGGCCCUCGUGUGAUUGACACAAAUGGUAAAAAAGGAGAAUACGUCACCCUCAGUCACUGCUGGGGCCAAAGCCAGCACAAUUACAAGCUCAACAAGGAUAACAUGACCUCGAUGAUGACCCACAUCGAUCUCAAUGACCUCCCCAAGACUUUUUCCCAAGCCGCCUUGAUUACCCAGAGUAUGAGAAUCAGGUACAUCUGGAUAGAUUCCAUGUGCAUCAUCCAGCCUACCGCGGGGGACACGGAGGACUGGACGCGGGAGGGUCCUCGCAUGGCGGAUUACUAUCGGAACGCGGCAUUCACCAUAGCCGCCAGCGUGGGGACCGACAGCAACUUUGGAUGUUUCUUUGCCAGGCCAGGACGUCAACUCAAGGCACAGCCUUGGCCUCUAUUCAAGGAUCCUAUACAGAGAAAAUGGGACGAAUUCUCCGUCGCUACGGGCCGCAACCCGGAGUGGCUCCCCGUUAUGCAGCCCUCGCCCGCCUCCUGGCUGUGGCAGGUGCAGAACUGCCCGCUCAACUCAAGGGCAUGGGUCCUGCAGGAAAGACUCAUGUCAAAGCGCAUCUUGCAUUGUACUAUGCAGGGCUUGAUGUGGGAGUGCGCCGAGCUGCAUGCUUCGGAGCAGGAGCCCCUCGGUUGUCAGUUCGACUACCGAGUUCGGGAUGAGGGCCUACUUCAGCUGCACAAUGCCUUGGGUCAAGGUGCGUCCUUUGUCACGGAUAGAUACUGGCGCCAGGUAGUGGAGCGGUUUUCCGGACUCGGUAUCACUUACAAUACUGAUCGACUGCCUGCACUGGCAGGUCUUGCCAAAGCCAUCCAGGAAGAAACGAAGGACGUAUACAUUGCAGGGCAUUGGAAGGAAUCUCUUCUGCCUAGCCUCCUCUGGUUCCGGCUCCACACACCUACCUCAGACCCAGUGAGGCUAGCUGAUGCUCCGAGCUGGGCCUGGUCAUCCACAUCGUCUCACAUCAAGUUCACGAGUCUAGAUGAGUCUGACUUUCCAGCACGUGCUGCAGAAAGCUACAACAUCACGGCCAAACUUGCCAAUGUAUCCGUCCAGCCAAAGACGUUGAACCCGUUCGCCUGGGUGUGUGGCAGCUCACUACGGCUCCGUGGUCGGCUGAUGAAAUACAGCCCGGAAAUAUGCCCAACGCUGCAGUCUGCAACUAAGUCAGCGGAAGAGUGCUGGCACGGUUACCGCCCGAUUCAGUCGGCAGUUCAGCAGAGAGUCAUUACGAUCCCUUCCAUGGAUGAGAACUGGGAUCCCGUGCCGGAUGAUGCUGCUGAACAGAUGGCCAACAUGGUAGCUGACGAUAAUCUACUACAGUCUAAUAUGAAGGAGGAAGUGGCACGUGCUAUGGAAUCCCCUUCUACGGGUGAGAUUCGUCAAGGGGAGGAGCGGGACCAAGACACGCUUGUCUGCAUCUUUGACAUUCCGGAUGAGGAUAAACACGAGGAACUGUAUCUUUUUGAGGUUCUGCGGGAAGUAGGCGAACACAAGAGAUUGGAGAUAUCUGAAGGACUUGCAUUGGUUGCGUCAGAUGGUGGCACCUACAAGAGGGUUGGGUUUUUCACGUUAAAGACAAAGUCGUCGCUAUUUUCCGAGUUGGAGGAGAUGGAAGUUGAAUUGGCUUAG